GUGACCAUAAUUCCCCGAGGCGAGGCUGGUGGCCACACCAGCUUCCUUCAAGACAAAGAUCUGAGCUUUUGGACUAGAUCCCAACUUUUGGCUCAGCUCGAUGUCCUAAUGGGCGGUCGUGUGGGUGAAGAGAUCGCUUUCGGAACCGAUAAGGUCACAACUGGCGCUGGUGACGAUUUUCGG